ACUAGUGAUGUCAUCUCAACAUUUUUAAAAAUCAAAAACAAAGAGCUUGUUCUGUGUCACAGCUGUUUACAGACACAGCCAUGUUUGUACAGUAUCAGUGUGCAUCUUGUACAGUAGCAUCAUCUGUGUGACCGCCCUCACACAUCGAAAGUGUCUAGAACAACAUAGUGUUUGUUUGUGUGUUUAUGAAAGUAUGCAGGCAGUAAUGUGGGUGUGUGGUGACAUAGGCAGGUUUGUGGAGCAUGUGGGGUGGGUCAAAUGCUGCUGGUUCCUGUGCAUGUGAGGCAACAAUGUAGCCCGACUGGUUUCACGGCAUUCGUUCCUGAAAAGGCCGAGCACGCAAAAACACAUACCACUAUGUGUGCGCUCCCGUGAGAGGAUGCUUUGCUGAUGUUUAUGAGGUCACUCACGUCUUAGUUCAUGUAGCCGUCAUCUCCCAUUAGCACCGUUCACACCAACACCUCAGAGGGUGGCCUACGGGAAGGUUAUCAGAUUGCUAAAUGACCAGAUCACAGAAAGCAUGUCAUCCAACUCCACAACCACAGCGUGUGCACCCAACGACACCCUCUGCACAAUAAAGCAGCAUGAGCUGGAGAUAAUCAUCGUCCCUGCACUGCUCCUUGGAGGAACACUGAUCACCUUAGUGGCUCUGUGUUUCUUGAGGUUUUGUCCUAGGAAGAAGCAAACAAGGACCACAAUCCCUCCGCACUACAAAGGCUCAUCACACAGACACACACACAGGAACAACCACAGAAAUGAGCUAAAGGGCAUUGAUGCCCCCCCUGGAAUAAAUCCAUUGGAGCACGAAGAGCUGCCAAUGACAGUUCAACAGGUCCAGCAGAAUGGCAGGUCAACCCGUGCUGCAGUACCACAGAUGUCCACCGAGAGGCAACGUGGAGCCUUCAGUCACGUCAUAAUGCUGCCACAGACCUUACCCCGCAGGCCCAAUGACACAGUUAGUCUGUACAGGGCACGCAUGGAAAACAGAAAUGUCAUCCUGACAACGCUAAAAGAAACAGCAAGCAGCAAAGAGAAGAAAGACUUUUUAGGUUUCGCCUCUUUUGUGUCUGGACUGGGGUCACACCCCUUCCUACCUGCACUGCUCGGUGUGGUUUCAGUGCAGCCACCACAAACAAUGGUGGUGGAAGAGCUCCAGUACGGAGACCUUCUGGGAUACCUGUGGAGGUGCAGAAAGGAUAACCCGGGUUUAGAGUCGUCAUGUGACAUGACAGAAAAGAGGAUCUUCAGUAUGGCAAAACAAGUGGCUUCAGCCAUGGAGUACCUGCACAGUCAGAGAUGUAUCCAUGGCAACGUGGCAGCUCGCAGCGUACUGGUUGGUGCAGAUCUGACUGCAAAGCUAUGGGGACUGGGCUCAGCCUACCGCAGGAGAACACAGGCUGGCUCCCCGGGAGAAGUGGAGGACAUGGAGAUGAGAAAGUGGCAGGCACCUGAAGUACUGGCCAGAAGAGCUGUCAGUCAGAGCAGUGACGUAUGGUCCUUUGGUAUUUUGCUCUAUGAGAUGGUCACAUUGGGGGACCCACCCUUUGCUGAGGUCAUGGCGACUGAGCUUCUACAGUAUCUGCAAAGGGGGCGACAUCUCAAGCGGCCAGCGUCCUGCUCCAGCUCACUGUUUUCUAUCGUGAAGUCCUGCUGUCAGUGGAACGCGCAACACCGCAUCUCUGUGUCAGAGCUCAUUAGAAAACUUCAGGCGGGAGAGCACUCAGCCAAUGGGAGCACAGUCCUCAGAGUGGCUGAACCAAUAAAUAUCGAGAGGUAUUUGAGAGAGGCGGGAUAUGGAGAAGCCUACAACUAUGCUGUGUUGUGAUUGGCUCAAAGUGCCAUCAAGCGGCGCUGUGGUUGCACUUUUAAAGAGCUGUCGCUUUUUUUUGUAAAUGCGAAAAUGCCAUCUAGUAAAAAGAGCUGUUCGUAAUCUGACACGAAGAAGCUCAUCAAUGUAUAUAAAUUGUAUAUAUAAUUUUUACUUGUACAACAAAUGACCAAUAUGAAGGAAAAAUAAAAACAUCUGAAAGCCUA